AAGAGGCUUGUCCUGCAGUAGCACCAGCCCUGCACUCACACUGCUUCUGUGCUACAGAGAGGCGAUGUGUGUUGAGCUAGUUUAGACGAGGCACUGGACACUCUAGCGAUAAUUAUCAGAGACCAGCAGACACCAUAGCAUCGUCCUGAGGUAAAAGGAACGCCUUGUUCUGGGUCUACACAGUUAACCUAGAACGUAGUUAGCCAUUUUGCUAAGCAGCUAAACCGCCAUCGCAUUGAGGUUGCUUUGUAGACACACAGCAGGAUAGCCGCAGACAUCAGCGCAGAGGAAAUGAAGGACAAACAAAAGAGAAAGAAGGAGCGGACCUGGGCUGAGGCAGCUCGCAUGGUUUUGGAGAACUUCUCAGAUGCACCCAUGACUCCCAAACAAAUCCUCCACGUCAUCCAGACCAAGGGGCUGAAGGAAAUGCGGUCAGACACACACACACACACACACACACACACACACACUGUAGUAGUGUCAGCUGCUGCUGUUGAAGUGGUAUCAACUGUUAUGAAACACGCUGUUCUCUUCAACCUGACUGCUGUAACUAAUGUUAGGAGUCUUCUGUGGCAGAGCUGUACCUUAAGUGUAGAACUAUAAGCCCAGCACAGUGACACUGUGGCUUUUUGUUUAUCAUUCAAUCCAGAGUAGAUCAUUGCAUUUGAUUGAUUAUCAAAUAUAAAAAAAUAUAAGAAUGUUAUUGAUUAUCUUUUGUAUUUAUCAAGUCUUUUAAGCAGUCAGUGAACUGCUCUCACAGCACACGCAUCAACUGAACGUGUAAGUGUGUGUGUGUGUGUGUGUGUGUGUGUGUGUGUGUGUGUG